AUGCCUGUCAAUAUGUCGCGGAGACUCUUGGGAGAGGACAACUUUGAGCCCGUGAGAUCGAAUUCCGUGCCUGACUUGGCGCAUUUGCCAUUCGAUCCGAAUGAACCAGUUCCCUCAUACGAAUCAUCUCAGUUGAUGCACAGAACUAGCGCUAACACGCCCAAUUUAUCGAGACACGCUUCCGUGCUAGACACCGCUGCGAUCAUACGGCGUGAUUCACUUGAACAGGACCUGAGCCGCUCCUUGUUUGCUUCGUUUGCCAAUCCAUUAGCGAUAGGUGGACCUGUAGCUGCUUCAGCCGCUGGAUCUGGUUCGACUACUGCACCUGGUUCCGUAUCUGCGCCUGGUCCAGGUUCUGGGACAACCCCUGGAAGCUCAGGAGGCAGUGGAAACUCUGGCCGUGAUAGCAAAAAAUCCUUGAAAAGGUUGGGUUUGAAGUUUUUGAACGCUCGUCAGCACUUUGCUCUUGCCUGCUGUAGAGACCUUUCACUUAUUCCUUGUCUUUAUGGGUUGAUACAGGCUUGGAAGAGAGUGUUUUUGCAAGAAGAUACCAAUUUUGUAGAGAUCAACGGGAUCCUGUACGAGUCUUUCACAGGAGCUCGGAUUUCGGAGCACUUCUUGACCGGAGUGUGGUGUAUAGUUUCAGCUUACUUGUCGUACUCGGUGUUGGACGGACUCAUGGUGCGCUGGAUCGUCACAUACCUGACGUCAGCAGCUAUAGUACGAAUGUUGUCCAUGUCUAUGAUUAUUGUGAGUGUAGAGCAGUACUUGGUGGCUACAUUUUCCGCUCAAGGUUACAAAUACGGAUUGCACAUUUGGAUAUUGAUAAGUUGUUGUCUCACUAUAGUGUUUAUAGUGCAGAAUUUCGUGACGCUGAAUCUAGAUCUAAAAGAUGGGAAACAGCGUGCCCGAUUUUUCGAUUUCUACAAGAUAGCUGUGUUUGCAGUGGUGCCCAUCGGGUUGGCCAGUUUUGUUACGAUGAUUGGAUUAUUAAGGAGUUUAUUGAUACUUCGGUUGGACCUUGAGGUCUCUGGGAAUAUAUAA